AUGUAUGUGAAAUGGUUUGAUACAGUAAUGGAAUACUAGGUGAUUUUAGUGAAUUUAGUGAAUGUCACUUUUUGUCAUUUUCAAAUUUCCCGCUGUUCCGUCCCCCGUACGUCCCGACACUCGCAGGGGACAGAACCCAGACAUUACAGGGGACACUGCAGGGGGGACAUCGCGGGGGGGAGCGCAGGACAAGGUAAGAGAAGAACAGAUCCCGGAGCAGCACCGCAUGGUAAGCCCGAGUGUAGCUCGGGGUUACCGCUUCUGCUACACUCGGGAAUACCGCCAGGGG